AACACCCACGGCUUCAUAUAUUUAGCUAAUGUCGCUUAUCCCAGUAAUAGGUAGUAAUUUGUUUGUUAUUGAACCGGUGUCGACGAUGUUGGGCGUGUUCUGUUCCACGUGUUGUCUAUUCAAGUUGGUGGCCGUGGUUGGGGCGCUUUUGGCCAUCGCCAAGUUAUACAUUAAAUUGACAACGGGAUGGUGCAGAAGUCAGACCUGUUUGGUUGGAAAAACUGCCAUUGUAACCGGCGCCAACACGGGCAUUGGAUACGAAACCGCAUUGGACUUUGCCAAACGUGGCGCCACUGUUAUUCUGGCGUGCAGAAACCAGACGCGAGCUGAAGCUGCAGCUGAAAAAAUUAUCCUCGAAACCGGAAACAAAAAUGUCAUUGUCAAGAUCAUAGACAUGGAAGAUUUGGACUCGGUCCGCGCCUUCGCCAAAGAUAUUAACGCCACCUUCAAUAAGCUAGACAUCCUGGUGAACAAUGCUGGUGCCGGAUUAUUGGAAGACGAAAGGAUUGGACCAAAUAAGUUACAGAAGACUAUUUUGAUUAAUCAUUACGGACCGUUUUUGUUGACGAAUCUUUUGCUUAAUCUUCUGAAAAAAUCAGGGCCCUCGAGAAUUGUAAACGUCGCAUCGAUGGCAGCCAAACGGGCAAAAUUGGAUUUGGACGAUUUGAAUGCUUAUCCUGGAAAUGCAGUGUACGGCAACAGCAAAUUAAUGAACAUACUGUUCACGAUUGAACUGGCCAACAAGUUGAAUGGUACAGAAGUAACAACUUAUUCCCUACAUCCUGGCAUAAUUGAAACUGAAUUCUUUAGAAAUUUAAAGGGUUGGUACAAAGUACCCGUGCAACUUAUUAUCUCCAACUUCUUCAAGAACGCCACAGAAGGCGCACAAACUACCAUUUAUUGUUCCGUACAAAGAGGCAUUGAAAAAUUAAGUGGUGAACAUUUCGAAGACUGUCAUUUGGUCCAACGAUAUGCCACUGCUCAAGAUCCCUCCGCUCCGAAACGUUUGUGGGAGAAGUCGGAAGAAAUGGUCGGGCUGACUGCCGAAGAGAAACAGUAUUAAAUACUCAACGAGUUAUAAUUUAUUACUUUAAGUUAUUUUAUUGUUAAUUUUAUUAAUUUUAAUAAUAAAUACUGAUCUGAAUUAACGCA